AACAGCAUCAUUAUUUUCGCGAGGAACCAAUGUGUAAAUCCAUUGAAUUAUUAAAAGACAAAAUAUCGGUCGAUUCUUAUCUGAAAUUAAUAAAAACUUGGAUGAAGGAUACAACGAGUUUAGUAGCACUGAGUAUAAAUUCUGGAAGAGUUAUUGGUGUCGCUAUAACGAGGAUCAACGAUAAUUCCGAAAAGACGAAUAUAUUUGAACGUAAUCAAAUACUUACAGGAGAAUCCUUACAAGAUAUUAUGUUUCUAAUAAACGAGGUUACGAAACAAUCCGAUAUUUAUGUUAAAUUCAAACAAGAUCUUUGCUUUCGCAUAUAUAUACUUUGUGUUCAUCCAACUUAUAAUAAUAAAGGCAUUGAAUCUGCAUUAUUACGUGCAUUUAUACAUGCAGGAAGAACGAUGAAAUUACCAAUGGUUGGUGGUAUAUUCACGUCGGGUUAUAAUCAAUUAUUGGCGGAGCAAGAAGGUUUCAAAAUUUUAUCAGAGAUACGUUAUAAUCGUUGGAUCGUUAAUGACGCAGUUGUAUUCGAUGAUCCUGGAAAAGGAAAUUAUUCGGCUACCUUUAUGGGAAAAAUAAUCGAUUACAAUGACCCAAAGGAUAAAUAUAAAUACGAUGUUUAACAAUCCUAUCAGAUCAAUUCAUUAAUUGAUUUCAAUUCAUUAAUUCUU